AUGCCCCCCAAACGCGGCCGCCCUCCCGGCCCCACAGCCGCCCGCCGCACCUCCUCCCAAGCGAACUCCCAAUCGACGCUCUCAUUCCACGGCAAGCCCUCCAAAGUCACCAAGCCCACGUCCGCAGCAGCGGCAGCGGCUAAAGGCAUCAAGGGCACCACCAACAAGACGAAGCAAGAUCCCGCCCUGCUCGAAUCCAUCGUCUCUUCCAACCUCCCCGCCGUCGCCUCGCCCGACCCGUCAGAGCCCACAACCGCGGAGUUAUCAAUCCAGCAACAGGCAGCGACGCCGAAGGGCAACCUCACCAAGCCCGCCGCAACACGCACGCCAGAGGAGGACGCCGCAGCGAAAGUCUCCGACGCGGCGAUAUCGCGCUACUGGCGCGCCAAAGAGUCCACCCGCAAAGCUCCCCGCGUGCAUCAGGAGAAGCUGAGCCUCUCCGAGAAGAUCCUGCGCGAGUUCGACACUUCGGGCGCGUACGGCCCCUGCAUCGGCAUCUCGCGGACGCUGCGGUGGAAGCGCGCGCACGAGCUGGGACUAAAGCCGCCGGUCGAGGUGCUGGCUGUGCUUAUGAGGGAGCAGGAGAAGGGAGCGCCGAGGGAACGGGCGGAGAUGGAUGGGUUGAUGAGUUCGAGGUUCGUUGAGACCUGA